GUCAUCGUCACGUGGACAGGCGACAUUCUCUUCGGCCGGCGUACGAGGGGGUACUGCCUGCUUUCGUGGUCCAGAGCGCUGGAAGUGUUCCCCUGACAUUCACCGUGGUUGAUCUAAAACUCUGCUGGAAUUUUGACUGUAUAUAUGCCUUGUUUCCUGGGUCCACGGGAAGCAUGAGUCUGUUGGGACUUGGGACAAGGAGAAAACAAGACAUCUUCACAAGGAAAACCAGACAGUAACGAAAAAUAUCGCGAAGCCUGAAGAGACAGAAGACAAACAUGGCAGACAGAGGACUUGGGGAUCCUGCAGAGGACUCUCAAACAGAUUUGGAAAAUGACCCAUCCAUAAAUUCUCAGGCACAGGAAACAACAGUCAUAGCAAGUACUGCCGAAGAAGCUCAGGCCCUGAGCCCUGCCUCCGGCCUCAACAAAGACCCCCAAGAGGUUGAAACAAUAGGUUCAGGAAGUACAGGUACAGCUGAUCCAUCAGAAAGUCCCGAUGAAAUAAAUUGUGGGCAAUACCCAAAGGAUGAAACAGAACAUGAGACCAACCAGAGUUUUCAGGAUGGUGAACAAGAGCAUCAACUCUCUUCAGAAAGUCUGGGUGAAGAACCCUUGCAUCCAGAACCCAACUGUUCUCCAGGUGACGAGGCAGAAAGAGCAGGUGCACCAAUAGGGAGCAGCUCCUUGGACCUCCCUGAGGAAGUGAGCAGCAGACCUGGAGCUUCCCAGAGGCCACCUGCUGUAGACUCCCUGGGAGCCCAGAGUCUUGGUCCUUCCAGUGCAGGGCUGGAGAGCCAGGGGACACUGAGGAGGCGACUGGUGGAGCCAGAAGCUGAAAGUCAUCAACGAGAAACACAAACAUUGGAAGAAACACAAACAUUGGAAGAAACACAAACAUUAGAAGAAAACAAAGAGAAUGCACAGGGCACCAUCAGGAAGAUGAAUAACAAGGAGUUUUUGAGCUAUGGCCCCUACAUUCUUGGCGUCCUGGUGGCUGGGGCUCUGAUCUUGAGCUCCGCUCACAGCUACUUCUCCCCGGCCCAGCACGCGCCCCGGAACCCGGCCCUGGAGGCCUUCCUGGCCCAGUUCGGGCAGCUGAAGGAAACGUUUCCGGGCCAGAGUUCCUUCCUGUGGCAGCGGGGCCGGAAGUUCCUCCAGAAGCACCUCAACGCCUCAAACCCCACGGAGCCGGCCACCAUCAUCUUCACGGCAGCUCGGGAGGGAAGAGAGACUCUGAAGUGCCUCAGCCAUCGCGUCGCCGACGCCUACACCUCCUCCCAGAAAGUCUCCGCCAUCCAGAUCGACGGGGCCGGGCGGACCUCGCAGGACAGCGACACGGUCAAGCUGCUGGUGGACAUGGAGCUGAGCUCCGGCUUCGAGGACGGCCGGAAGGCCGCCGUGGUGCACCGCUUCGAGUCCCUGCCCGCGGGCUCCACCCUGAUCUUCUACAAGUACUGCGACCACGAGAACGCCGCCUUCAAGGAUGUGGCCCUGGUGCUGACGGUUCUCCUCGAGGAGGAGACGUUAGAAGCGAGUGUGGGCCCGAGGGAAACGGAAGAAAAAGUGAGGGAUCUUCUCUGGGCCCGGUUCACCAACUCGAACACGCCCCACUCCUUCAACCGCAUGGACUCGGACAAGCUGAGCGGGCUGUGGAGCCGCAUCUCCCACCUGGUGCUGCCGGUGCAGCCCGUGCGGCUCAUCGAGGAGCAGGGCUGCGGGCUGUGAGCCCGGCGCGCCUGCGCGGGAGGCCGUGGGCCCGGCACCCGCGGCCCCGAGGCCUUGCGUGGCCGCGGGAGGAGAGGGUUGGACGCGAGGACAUCGCCACAGGGGAGCCGCUUUGAGGGAAACAAAUCUUUUAUUUUUCACUUCUUGCAGUUUUUUCUAAGCUAAGCAUGGCCAAGCUGAAAGCUGACCUGACUUUGUUUCCUUGCCUUUCAAGCAAAUCGGGUUUGAAAUACAGCAUGAUAUAUAUAACUGUGGGGUUUUUUUUAAUCUAAAAAUACAGCAGCAGAAUUAUUGCACAGGAAAACAAUCUUCUCAGAGUAACUACAGAGUGAUUUUUGUAUCGUAUGGGAAAUGUUUCAAAAGCUCAUAUUAAUAGCCUAGUGCUGGGAUUACAUUUUAUACUAAUUUGCACUUUUUGAAUGGUAUGAAAAAAGGAAAUUUGUAUUCAAAUAGCUAAAUACUGUAUGUAAGUCACUGUGCUUUUUCUUCUGUUCAUGAGCUGAGAUAAAAGCAGCUGUACUCAAAAAAAAAUUUUUUUUUUAAAUGGGAAAUGGUGGGGGAUUGUUUAUAAUCACUGGGAAUGAAGGAAUGCUAAUUGGCUGCACCGUUACCUCAGCUCUUCUGAAUUGUCCAGGGCAGUGAUUUUCACGCUGUGUCUACUGUUCAACCAGCCCCCCACCCCUUUGUAUCCAAACUGUUCUUCAGCUCUUUCACGGGGAUUCUUCAUAAGAUUCCGCUGGAACAGAGAGUUCCACUGAUAAGGGAGUUUGAAAACCCCUGAUUGAGCGAGAAACCAUCUUAGAAGACAGGAAAUGGGUAGGAAAAAAAUGAAUGUAUUAAAAUUAUGAGUAGAUACAAUAGUAGAUACAAGAAGAUACAAUAUAUGUUUAUUGCACAGACACGUUUUUUAUAGAAGUCAAAGACCUAUAGAUGAAUAGCAGAAUGUUUAAAGUUGUAUCUGCUAGGAUAUUUCUGAUGCUUUUGUUAAUUUCUAUUAGUCAUCAGUUCUCUCUCCCUUGAAUGGAAUUUUAUAAUUGUCUAGGAUGAGAGUGUGAGUGUCCUUUAAGAGGAACAAAAUUUAAUAACCAAAUGAAUAGUAAAAUUUAUAUAGGUACAUUAGCAUACCUUUACUGUACUGUUUGCUUGUUAAGGUGUAAUAGAACAUUAUGUAGUGCACCUCAUUUAUUUAUCUGCUAGUUAGAAGUACUAUUCAGCUAACAAAGAAAUGCAAGAGAAGUAUACUUAGUGAGAGAAAGCAAAAAUGGUAGAUAAUUUCAAAGAGGUUCUAAUGGUCAAUAUUAAUUGUUGGACCUAUGUUCUGUGACUGUUAGGUUGAGACAGUGUUUACAAAGACAGUAGAUUUUCUUGUUUGUUUAAUUUCAACUCUGAAAGCAGAACUCCAGGAAAUGAUCUUGACCUGAUGAAGGGUCUGUCCCAUUCCAUGGCAGUCCUGGGAACUACCACCAUGCUCCUGGGCCAUUUCAACUACUCCUGGAAUGUUUCAACUAGGUUUUGGCCUCUCUGCUGUAUGAGAACAGAGAAGUCAUGUGAUUAAAGAAUGGAAGGAAUUUUGGAAACAGAAGAUAUCAGUAUCUUUAUUGAAGAAUCUGUUUGAAAAUAUCUGUUGCAGGAAGUAGAGGCACACCUAAAGGAACUAUUUUCAUUUGGGAUUUUAUGAAGGAACCUUCUAACAGAAUUGAGGAAAGGCCUACCUGAAUAAAAAGUUAAAGCAUGGCAAAUAGAAUAUCAGUCCAAUAUACUCUCAGAGGAAAUAAACUGAAGAAAGAUCUAUAUACCAUAGUCGAGUUUUUUCCUGUACUUCUAGCUCUCAGAUGCUAGCAUUGCUCUCAAACCGACGGUGCCUUGCAGAACUGUUUCGUGGGCCAGCUGCCCUGGCUGCCUCGGACCUCGCAGGAACCAUGUGAUCUGUGUGUGUCUAAUGUCAGUGACUCGGGUCAGGGUUGAAACAGAGGCUCUUCUUUCUUCAUUCAGUGGAAUAUGGUUUUUCAUUAUUUCCUUUAAACAUGAUCUAGAAAAGGAAAUUUCCAAAAAAAUUACAACUUUUUUACCAUUCGGUCUUUCUUGAUAAACCUUUUUUCCUUCCGUGGAUAAGGGCAGUCAUCUGAAACCGUUGUCAGUUCUCUGUCAACUACUUCAGAAAUCACUGAAAAGAAGCAGUAUAUUAGCUCUGGGUCUUCUUAUGAAAAAAAAAUUAUUUUUAAAGCAUAAAACUUUAUAUUUUUUAAAGGAACAAAUAAAAUGUAUUAUCUAAUAGACUCUUAGGUUAAUUUCUACUUGAUUCUAUUUUUCACAUUUUUCAAGUUUCCAAAUUUUCUUUUGUGUGUCCAGUAGUUCAUCUUUCAUUCCUAUAAUACAGGUUUUGUUUUAUUUGACUUUAGAACAAGAACCUGUGGGCAUAUGACACCCAGACACCACUGUUUAGUUACUAUCACAGAAUAGCUCUCAUUACAUCAUAUAUUAACAUAAACACUUUUUGAUUGACACCAGUAUCCUAGAAGCAACUGGUGGAAUAAGAAAUUGUCUCUGGACUUGAAUUUUGCCCCUGUGGGAUAAAUUUUAGGUUUUCCACUUAGUUUCUAAGGGUUGGCAAAGAAGUUCCAGGGGAUUCAUAUCACUAGAGGUAGUAAUGAUAUUUUCUCUAUUUUUUUAAUCAAAUAAUUUGAAUGAAUUUCAUUUGAAAGCCUCCCAGCUUACGGUGGUAAAGCUCAGCAUGCUGUGGUCUCUGCCCCUACCCAACUGAGGACCCCUGUGAACAGGGGUAGAUGCUGAGGUGGUUUUGACAUUUUCAGUUUUUAAUUGUUUGAAUUAUACUUUUAUCUGCUAAAGACAGGUGGUGUAAUGAGCACUGACAUUAAAAAAUAACAAAUACAACACAUGAAUGUGAUGAUUCAGCAACGUGAUCUUCACCAGGACUGUAUUGGCAUAUCUCCGACCAAAAUGUUUACACAGCAUAUGCAGGCAUCUAGGACUUCAAAACUCAUGUUAAAUAGGAAAUGUAAUUUUUGUAUCUGAUUAGGGUUAUCAUUUAAUGGGAAUGACUUUAUACCCAUGUAGCUUAUUUGUGAAGAAGUACUUUCAAAUAGCAACAUGAAAACUUUUUAUCAUUUGUAAAAUAAAACAAUUAUAAAAAUAAGCCAUUACAUAUUUGUAAAGUGCUCAAUAUAUUAUUUCAUAAAAGCAGUUUUUAAAUCUGUUUUUCAAGUCAAAUAUGUAGUCAAUAUCAGUGUUCAUUUUAAUAUUUUGUUUGCCAGUCUGAGCAUACUAUAUUUCACUUUUAAAUUUGUUGAAAAGCUAUAGUGGUUUUCUUGUUGUUUUUUUUCAAAAUUAAAGCACCUUCAACACUGUGUACCACUGUUCAUAUUUAUCUUUAUAUAAGAAUGUAGAAUACCAUUGAUUACAAAGCCCUUAAUCACAACCCAAGAAACUACAAAAUUAUUAUUUAAAUUUGUUUCUAAAGGCUUCUAUGCGAUGAUCACAUACUGAGCCUUAAGAGCCACACACUUAUGAAUAAAUAACAAGUUUGCAGAAAAGAUGUUACCAAUCCUAGGGAGAACUAAACUAAGAUAUCCAUGUAAAACAGUUUUCCCAGAGGACUUUAAAAUACACCUUCUUCCUACUUAUUGACAGUUUCGGUGUUAGGUUGUGGCCUAAAUUUGCCUCACCGAGACUGAGGUUGGACUACUGAAACUCAUUUCUAACUAAUAAACUGCCCUAUCACCACUUGCUUCUCUACCUGGCUUUAAAAAUAUAUGUGUAGACUAAGAAGGAGCACUGGCCUUACCCAAAUGGCCUGAGAACACAAGCCGCAUGCCCUAACCUGCAAACAAUCUGUAAAGAUAAAUGAGACUUUGGUGCCUUCCCAGCCAGUAUUACCUAUAGUCUGUAUCUCAGCUUGUUUCGAUGUCUUUAAAAAUCCAGAGAUUGGUUCCUGCCUUGGGAAAUGAUUCCCCCCCUGUUUUCUCAUCGGGGCUCAUAAACGAAAUUUGCCCUUGGCUAAGAGCACUUACCUGAAUUAAAAGGGACAUUGUGGACUCGGGAAGCCGCAGGCUGAGGAACACCACCAAGGUGGGGCAGAGUAGGUAGGAUGUUAGGCCCAGCCUGCCUUCCCUCACGCCCAGCCUCAGCAGCAGGAAGCUCCUCACAGCUCCUUGCAGCUGAUCAGAUUACUCGAAGUGCAAAUCUAUUUGCCAUCCCUGCCAUCAGAGGAAGAAGCAGCAUAUUGACUUUGAAAUACAACUGCAUUUUUUUCUCUAUUGAACAAAAAUGAGUGGACUUUUGCCAGUAUCCGGGUCCAAGUUCUUGGUGUUCUCAGCUGUCCAACUGGGGUUGCUUUUGCAUUUGUUUCUUAUGGAUGUUGAAGAAUGUGCCUUAUUCAAAUCAGUUGUUUGGUUUUACCGAAAAUAAAUGUUAAAUUUUCUCCGUCGA